UUGUGACACCGCUCCCGAACGUCCUUGAAAAUUUGAUUUAAAAUUCAAAGUUUAUGUAUUGGAUUUCUGAUUCCCAAACAUUUUGUAAAACGAUUAAUGUUUUACGUAAUUAAUGAUCGAUUAGUGUACUGUUCGAACUCGUAUAUUAGUGUCGGGCAUGCAAAUACUAUUUGGGUCUUAUUAAUAAAUAAAAGAGCCCAACAUUAUCCAAAUAGUGAUACAUAAUCUUUCAAGACAAUCCGAGUAAGGUCGCACGGCCCAAACGUUAUUUUGAGCCCAACCUGCUAAAAUAGCAAGUAUUCGAGAAUGGCGUUCUAGACCCACUCGGGAGUGACCCACACGGCUAGUAGCCCAAUAAUAUGUAUGACAAAUGUCAAAUAAGUGAUAGAAUGAUUCAAGAAGAAUACAAAUGCCUAUAACCCCAUCUUUGACAUUAUUGAGCUAAAUAAUGGGAGUAGGGUGUUUCUUCUAUAAUAUUCAUCAUGUAAAUUAUUGGGAUGAUCAUACACAUAUUGGAGAUCAAUAAUAUGAUGUAGAGGGUUGACUUGUUCCAAAUAAAUUAGAAUGAGUACAAAGAGACAUCUUAUGACAUAGAGAUCAAAAGUGAGACCCAUCCAUGUCUAAAAACAUCUCAUGGAGACCAUACCAAUUCAUUUCACUCCACACAACUUAUCCACCCUUAUUGAAGGGUCUUGGACACUCCCUUAAGCCCCUCAUUCGAACUCCCAAGGAUAAGGGAGAAGGAGAGAGCCACACAACCAAUAAAGCAAGAGAAAGGGGAAGCUGCCGCAGGUUCGUUCUCCAGUGCGUAAGGUUACUUGUUUGCUUCAUAUCUCGAGUUAUACACAUCCAAAUAAGGCGUGCGAGAUACCCACAGAAAGCUCUCAAGACGAGGAAUCCGUGAAGAUCUGGUUUGCAUCAAUCGGAGUAGUGGAAGGCUUCCAAAUCGUCCGAUCAAAACACAACCUCGCGGAAUACGUUUUUGUAUUCAAAGUUAGGGAACGGAUUCAUCGGGAAACACCCGUUCUAGGGACUGUUUUUGUGUCUUCGGUUAGGAGUUGAAAUAGCACUUUGAGGGGGCUGUUUAACACUCAAUUCCAAGCAAGGAAUCAGUUCUCAAACUUCCUUGGACGGGACUUUGGUCAUUGGAUCAAGAAGGAAAAGUUUAAAGCUCAAUUAAGGUUGAGGCUAGAGCUUGCUUCCUGUGCUCGUUGCUCGAGAGAUCAUAUAGGAGGGAAGACUUGGUUCGUGCUUCCUCCGUUCUGUUUUAAACAUUAAUAAACAUGCUCAUGAAUAUUUUACUAUAGAGCCUGCGUGCUCAUGUUUGCCACGUGUGGCAUUUGUUUUCAAACUAUGUUUUCCGCUACGUAUUCGAUUGCUUAUUAUGUUGUUUAUGGAUGGCUUACGUGUGAAUGAUAUUCGAGACGCCUUGUAUAAUAUGAAUGUGUUGGACUGCGGUUGACUAUUCAUAUUGUACGGCGGGUUGUUGACGUGUCCGGGGAGGUCCGGGGCGUGACAAUUAAGUUGGUAUCAGAGCCUUAGUCCAUAAACUUCAUAAUGAAGUCUCAAAAUUUUCUUUUGAAAAGAUUUUGAAAACCAUGAGCAUAGAAGUUUUGUACUUGGAGAGCUUUUGGUACUUGGGUUGCAAGGUCUCUAAUUGUUAAGAUGGUACCCUUAGCAAUUGGUAUGGCGGUGACUCGAGCCAAAACGUGUCUUAAGUACCUAUCCGUCAAUUGACAUUUGAUACGAGUCUAACGACUCUUUCCAAUUUCUUUCAGAAAUGGACCGUGGUGGCAGGAUUACUAGGAGGAACCCGAUCGGCCGUGUACCAGUGGAGACUGGACAGGGCAGUCGAAGGACCUCUAGGGCAUCUAGAGGAGCUGGCCGUGGAGGCCGAUCACAGACCGUGAGUGACGGUCAUGUCGACACAGAAAGUGAAACCUACUGGUCCUAUGAGGACUCGACUUACCAACCGGAAACCGAGCCGGUUGAGACCCCUUACGAAGGGGAUGACGAUGAUGUGAGUGAUGAAGAAGGGGAGAACGACUCCCUAGCAAGAAUUGAGGCGCUGCUCCAGCAAUAUCAGCGGGAGCGCGAGGAAAGGAGGGAACGCCGAAGGCGCCGAGGAGGGCGAACUUCGGGUGGGGCUUCAAGAGGAAGAAGCCAUGGCGACUCUAGGGCCCACAUUGAACCACAUGGGGGCCGGGGUGAUGGAGGUCCGAUCAUAAGGAUCUCCAAAUACCUCAAAGAGGCACGAGACUUGGGGUGCAAACCCUUCAAUGGAGCAGGUGACAUCUCGGUCGCCGCGGAAUGGAUCAAGAGGUUGAACGAAGCAGCCCUUGAUAUGCAACUCACCCCCGAAUUCAAGCUAAGGGUGGCGGUAAGAUUGCUUGAAGGGAUGGCAUCCACAUGGUGGGACGGAGCCAAGGGGAAGUAUGGCAAUGUUGUGACUUGGGAGAAUUUCCGGCAGGAGUUCUUUGCCCAGUACUAUUCUGAUUUUGAGGUGAACGCUAAGAGAAGAGAGUAUACCCUCCUGACCCAAGGUGGCAAAAUGACGGUGAGGCAACUUGAACACAAAUUCAGGGAGCUCGCGGAGUUCAUACCGGAGUAUAUCUGUGACGAGAACCGGAUGGUGAACCACUUCUGGGAUGCUCUGGACUUGGAAAUACGUGAUAGAGCAACACAAUUGCCUAACAUGACGUUUGCCCAAGUAGUCGACCAAGGGUUGAAAGGGGAAAAACAGUGGGAGGAGAGAAAGAAGAGAGACGCCGAGGAGGCGAAGAAGAGAAAGUGGGAGAGUCACGGCUCCCAAGGUUCCAACAAAAAGGGGAACCAUGGAGGGGGAUCUUUCCGUGCACCGCCGCCACCAUCUAGAGGGAACCAGGGCUCGAGCAGGCAUGACUCGGGGUCACAAGCCUCGGGGACGCCUCGUUGCUUGAAUUGCAAGAAGAGUCACCUCGAGAAAUGCCGUGAACCUCCUAGAUGCUUCCAAUGCGGGGACACCGGGCAUUUGAAAGCGCAUUGCCCACAAUUGGGUGGGGCAAGGACAUCGGGACCGAGUAGUGGUCCGACGGGUACACGGAAUCAAACCGGGGCUUCUCAAGCGAGCCGGGGGCAUGGGGGAGCGAGUACGAGCAACGCACCAUCCGUGAAUCAAGGAAGGACUCAAGCUAGAGUCUAUGCGAUGACGGAGGCGGAUGCUCGAGCGAACCCGGAUUCCGUUGCAGGUAUUAGCUCUUGAAAACGUGGUAUUUUAGCCUUAUUUUAAGUGUAUAUGGUUUAGGAGUAAGGCCCGGCCACCGUAGGGGCGAACCGGGCAUUUCGACUCACAAAAAACGAAGUGUAGUCAAAUUACCCGCCCCAACCGGCGCCGGUCCGAGGCUAACCGGCGCCAGACAUGCCUUUGAGGGAAGCCUGUUUCGGACCGGCCCUCCCCCAACCGGCGCACAUCUGGGGCAAUUUUUCAUCCAACCGGCGCCGGCCACCCCCUAACCGGCGCCGGACCUGCCCUGGGACGAGCCUGUGUCCGACCGGCCCUCCAAACCGGCGCUGCAGGCCAACGAAACCCAGCCAACCGACGCCGAAAACCCACCAACCGGCGCCGGACCUUCGAUGGAAGCAGCCUAUGUGGAACCGGCCCAUUAUGACCAGGGCAGCCGGGACGUUUAACCGGGACAACCGGCGCCGGUCAGGCCUGAACCGGCGCCGGUCCGAAGUCUUUUCGGCUGAAAAUUUUCCGUACCCAAGCGGGACCCACCCCGGUUGAACGGUAAAUGCACCCCAACCCUAAAUAAAGUUUAGACAUGUUAGGAAUGGUGUCUUACAUGGCUUAUAAAUGUAGGAACAUUAAGGAUUAAUGGGAAGGAUGCGCGAAUCCUUAUCGAUACCGUGGCGCAACGUUCAUUUGUGAAUGAAGCGUUCGCCAAGAGGUUGGGAGUGCAAUCCGCACCAUUGAUGCAAACCUUAGUGGUAUCAACACCACUAGGGGAUGACGUGGAAAGAACUUGUUACUAUCCAUCUUGUGGGGUGGAGGUUAAUGGUCAAACCUUGACGUGUGACUUCGUACCGCUGAGCAUGAUUGAAUUCGAUGCAAUCCUAGGGAUGGAUUGGCUAGAAAGGAACCAUGCUAGGGUAGAUUGCCACACGAAGGUUCUUGAACUCGAAGGCAAUGAUGGGGAGACCCUACGCUUCGAGGGCGAUCGAGGGGGAUCAAAUAGCUGUAUCAUAUCCGCCGUGAGAGCGAGAAGUAUGAUGAGAAAGGGAUGCCACACAUAUCUAGCAUACGUGGUUGACAAAACCAAAGAGGAAGCGAACAUCGAUGAUGUGAGGGUGGUUUGUAAGUAUCCGGAUGUCUUCCCUAAAGACAUACCGGGGCUCCCAUUUGAUAGAGAGAUUGAAUUUGUGAUCGAGGUCGAGCCUGGUACCAAACCAAUCUCCAUACCGCCAUACCGUAUGGCACCCGCCGAACUUAACGAGUUGAAAACCCAAUUGCAAGAGCUUUUGGAUAACGGUUUCAUUAGACCAAGCCACUCCCCGUGGGGAGCGCCAGUUCUUUUUGUGAAAAAGAAAGAUGGGACACUUCGAAUGUGUAUUGACUAUCGUCAACUGAACAAGGUCACAAUCAAGAAUAGGUAUCCUUUGCCUAGAAUUGAUGACUUGUUUGACCAACUACGAGGGGCAACCGUGUUUUCAAAGAUUGAUUUGAGGUCGGGUUACCAUCAAUUGAAGAUUAAGGAAGAUGACAUACCAAAGAGUGCUUUCCGCACAAGGUAUGGGCAUUUUGAAUUCCUUGUUAUGUCGUUUGGGUUAACAAACGCCCCGGCGGCAUUCAUGGACUUGAUGAACCGAGUAUUUCAUAAAUACUUGGACCGAUUCGUGAUUGUGUUCAUAGAUGACAUCUUGAUUUACUCAAAGAGUGAAGAAGAGCAUGAAGAGCACUUGAUACUUGUUCUUGAGACACUACGGGAGAAGCAACUCUACGCCAAAUUUUCUAAAUGUGAAUUUUGGCUAAAGGAGAUUGGCUUCCUCGGGCACGUGGUUUCAGGAUCGGGAAUUGCUGUUGAUAACAAGAAGAUAGAAGCCAUUACCGAAUGGGAGAGACCAAAGAACGUCAAGGAAAUUCGUAGUUUCCUUGGACUGGCAGGCUACUACAGAAAGUUCGUGGAGAAGUUCUCUGUUUUGGCAUCACCAUUGACGAAGCUCACUCGUAAAGGAGCUAAGUUUGUAUGGGAUGACAAAUGUGAGGAGGGGUUCAUGGAACUAAAGAAGCGAUUGACCGAGGCACCGGUAUUUGCAUUACCCAAACAGGGUGUGGGGUACGAUGUCUAUAGUGAUGCGAGCAUCCAAGGUCUUGGAUGCGUACUGAUGCAGAACGGGAGGGUAAUCGCCUAUGCUUCACGACAGUUGAAGAAGCAUGAGGUGAAUUAUCCUACUCAUGACCUGGAGCUGGGGGCUGUGGUGUUUGCACUGAAGAUAUGGAGACAUUAUCUCUACGGGGAGACAUGUCACAUAUACACUGAUCACAAGAGCUUGAAAUACAUGUUUACUCAGAAAGAGCUAAACAUGAGACAGAGACGGUGGAUGGAGUUGAUAAAAGACUACCAUCUAGUGAUAGAGUAUCACCCAGGCAAGGCAAACGUGGUGGCAGAUGCUUUGAGCCGGAAGAGCUCGUCUGGGGCAUUGCUAGCUAAUUUGAGGGCAUUAAGAGCCCAACUGGAGGUAUCCAGCGAUGGUGCCUUAUUGGCACGAUUUGAGGUGAGACCUACUUUACUUGAUGAGAUCAAGAAGGGUCAAGAGACUGACGCAGAACUUAUGAAGGUCCGGGAACACAUGCAAGCGGGACCGGUGGAGGAUUUCAGGGAAAGAGAUGAUGGUCUCUUGUUAUUUCGUGACCGAGUGUGUGUGCCGUCAGACGAUGAGCUCCGAAAGUCCAUCUUAGAGGAGGCUCAUUCAUCGGCUUAUGCCAUGCACCCGGGGGCACGAAAAUGUACCAUGAUUUGAAAGAAAGUUACUGGUGGUCUGGAAUGAAGAGGGAAAUAGCCGAGUACAUCAGCCGAUGCCUUAUCAACAAGUUAAGGCAGAACAUCAGCAUCCAGCAGGCUUGUUACAACCACUUUCCAUUCCUGAGUGGAAGUGGGAACAUGUGACUAUGGAUUUCGUGGUAGGUUUACCCCGGACAAUUCGGAACUACGAUGCGGUUUGGGUUGUUGUGGAUAGGCUCACAAAGAGUGCACACUUCUUGCCUAUCAACACUACCUACCCACUUGAGAGGUUAGCCAAAUUGUAUACGGAUGAGAUCAUGAGGCUGCAUGGGGUCCCAGUGACCAUUGUAUCCGAUAGAGACCCACGAUUCACAUCACGUUUUUGGCCAAAAUUUCAAGAGUUUAUGGGAACGAGGUUGAAGUUCAGUACUGCAUUCCAUCCACAGACGGAUGGGCAGUCUGAGAGGGUUAUACAGAUAUUAGAGGAUAUGCUGAGGGCUGUGCGUUAGAGUUCCAAGGAAGUUGGGACAACCACUUAGCACUCGUGGAGUUUGCCUAUAACAACAGUUAUCAGGCAAGUAUCGGCAUGCCUCCAUAUGAAGCAUUGUAUGGGAGGAGGUGUCGUACACCGUUAUGCUGGGACGAGGUUGGCAUGGCCAAACUCGAGGGUACUGAGUUGGUUGAGAUCACCAAGUCAAAGGUGAAGUUGAUUCGAGAGAGACUCAAAGCGGCUCAGGAUAGGCAAAAGAGUUAUGCAGAUAAGCGUCGAAGAACCUUAGAGUUUAAGGUUGAUGACGAGGUAUUCCUGAAAGUUUCUCCUUGGAAAGGAAUCAUUCGAUUCCAAACCCGAGGAAAGCUUAACCCACGAUAUAUAGGCCCAUUCAGAAUUAUAGAGAGGGUUGGGGCCGUAGCAUAUCGUCUACAGUUGACUCCUGAGUUGGAGAAGAUUCACAAUGUAUUUCACGUGUCCAUGCUUAAGAAGUAUGUGCAUGAUCCUUCUCAUGUGUUGGAGAAGCCGCCCGUGGAGGUACGUGAAGAUUUGAACUAUGCCGUGCAACCGGUAAGAGUUAUUGACAGAAAAGUGAAGAAACUGAGGAGUAAAGAAGUCCCAAUGGUUAAAGUCCUUUGGAAGAGUGACCGGGUCGAAGAAGAGACUUGGGAAACAGAAGCUUUGAUGAGGAAGCAGUAUGCAUUCCUAUUCGAGUAGAGGGGGGGUGAACUUGUGACACCGCUCCCGAACGUCCUUGAAAAUUUGAUUUAAAAUUCAAAGUUUAUGUAUUGGAUUUCUGAUUCCCAAACAUUUUGUAAAACGAUUAAUGUUUUACGUAAUUAAUGAUCGAUUAGUGUACUGUUCGAACUCGUAUAUUAGUGUCGGGCAUGCAAAUACUAUUUGGGUCUUAUUAAUAAAUAAAAGAGCCCAACAUUAUCCAAAUAGUGAUACAUAAUCUUUCAAGACAAUCCGAGUAAGGUCGCACGACCCAAACGUUAUUUUGAGCCCAACCUGCUAAAAUAGCAAGUAUUCGAGAAUGGCGUUCUAGACUCACUCGGGAGUGACCCACACGGCUAGUAGCCCAAUAAUAUGUAUGACAAAUGUCAAAUAAGUGAUAGAAUGAUUCAAGAAGAAUACAAAUGCCUAUAACCCCAUCUUUGACAUUAUUGAGCUAAAUAAUGGGAGUAGGGUGUUUCUUCUAUAAUAUUCAUCAUGUAAAUUAUUGGGAUGAUCAUACACAUAUUGUAGAUCAAUAAUAUGAUGUAGAGGGUUGACUUGUUCCAAAUAAAUUAGAAUGAGUACAAAGAGACAUCUUAUGACAUAGAGAUCAAAAGUGAGACCCAUCCAUGUCUAAAAACAUCUCAUGGAGACCAUACCAAUUCAUUUCACUCCACACAACUUAUCCACCCUUAUUGAAGGGUCUUGGACACUCCCUUAAGCCCCUCAUUCGAACUCCCAAGGAUAAGGGAGAAGGAGAGAGCCACACAACCAAUAAAGCAACAGAAAGGGGAAGCUGCCGCAGGUUCGUUCUCCAGUGCGUAAGGUUACUUGUUUGCUUCAUAUCUCGAGUUAUACACAUCCAAAUAAGGCGUGCGAGAUACCCACAGAAAGCUCUCAAGACGAGGAAUCCGUGAAGAUCUGGUUUGCAUCAAUCGUAGUAGUGGAAGGCUUCCAAAUCGUCCGAUCAAAACACAACCUCGCGGAAUACGUUUUUGUAUUCAAAGUUAGGGAACGGAUUCAUCGGGAAACACCCGUUCUAGGGACUGUUUUUGUGUCUUCGGUUAGGAGUUGAAAUAGCACUUUGAGGGGGCUGUUUAACACUCAAUUCCAAGCAAGGAAUCAGUUCUCAAACUUCCUUGGACGGGACUUUGGUCAUUGGAUCAAGAAGGAAAAGUUUAAAGCUCAAUUAAGGUUGAGGCUAGAGCUUGCUUCCUGUGCUCGUUGCUCGAGAGAUCAUAUAGGAGGGAAGACUUGGUUCGUGCUUCCUCCGUUCUGUUUUAAACAUUAAUAAACAUGCUCAUGAAUAUUUUACUAUAGAGCCUGCGUGCUCAUGUUUGCCACGUGUGGCAUUUGUUUUCAAACUAUGUUUUCCGCUACGUAUUCGAUUGCUUAUUAUGUUGUUUAUGGAUGGCUUACGUGUGAAUGAUAUUCGAGACGCC